AUGGUUGAACUGCAGCACACUCGUCCAACGCCUCAGGAAGGUGGAGAAGGAGAACAAGGUGGGGGAGGAGAUCAAGGUGGGGGAGGAGAUCAAGGUGGGGGAGGAGAUCAAGGUGGGGGAGGAGAUCAAGGUGGAGGAGGAGAUAACGGUGGGGGAGGAGAUCAAGGUGGGGGAGGAGAACAAGGUGGGGGAGGAGAUCAAGGUGGGGGAGGAGAUCAAGGUGGGGGAGGAGAUCAAGGUGGGGGAGGAGAUCAAGGUGGGGGAGGAGAUCAAGGUGGGGGAGGAGAUCAAGGUGGGGGAGGAGAUCAAGGUGGGGGAGGAGAUCAAGGUGGGGGAGGAGAUCAAGGUGGGGAGGAGAUCAAGGUGGGGGAGGAGAACAAGGUGGGGGAGGAGAUCAAGGUGGGGGAGGAGAUCAAGGUGGGGGAGGAGAUCAAGGUGGGGGAGGAGAACAAGGUGGGGGAGGAGAUCAAGGUGGGGGAGGAGAUCAAGGUGGGGGAGGAGAUCAAGGUGGGGGAGGAGAUCAAGGUGGGGGAGGAGAUCAAGGUGGGGGAGGAGAUCAAGGUGGGGGAGGAGAUCAAGGUGGGGGAGGAGAUCAAGGUGGGGGAGGAGAACAAGGUGGAGGAGGAGAACAAGGUGGGGGAGGAGAUCAAGGUGGGGGAGGAGAUCAAGGUGGGGGAGGAGAACAAGGUGGGGGAGGAGAUCAAGGUGGGGGAGGAGAACAAGGUGGGGGAGGAGAUCAAGGUGGGGGAGGAGAUCAAGGUGGGGGAGGAGAACAAGGUGGGGGAGGAGAACAAGGUGGAGGAGGAGAACAAGGUGGGGGAGGAGAUCAAGGUGGGGAGGAGAUCAAGGUGGAGGAGGAGAACAAGGUGUAGGAGGAGAACAAGGUGGAGAAGGAGAACAAGGUGGAGAAGGAGAACAAGGUGGGGGGAGGAGAACAAGGUGGAGAAGGAGAACAAGAUGGGGGAGGAGAUCAAGGUGGGGGAGGAGAUCAAGGUGGGGGAGGAGAACAAGGUGGGGGAGGAGAUCAAGGUGGGGGAGGAGAUCAAGGUGGGGGAGGAGAACAAGGUGGAGGAGGAGAACAAGGUGGGGGGAGAACAAGGUGGAGAAGGAGAACAAGACGGGGAAGGAGAACAAGGUGGAGAAGGAGAACAAGGCGUGGAAGGAGAACAAGGUGGGGGAGGAGAACAAGGUGGAGAAGGAGAACAAGAUGGAGAAGAACAAGGUGGAGAAGGAGAACAAGGCGUGGAAGGAGAACAAGGUGGGGGGAGGAGAACAAGGUGGGGGGAGGAGAACAAGGCGGGGAGGGAGAACAAGAUGGAGAAGGAAAACAAGAAGGGGGAGGAGAACAAGGUGGGGGAGGAGAACAAGGUGGAGAAGGAGAAUAAGGUGGAGAAGGAGAACAAGGCGUGGAAGGAGAACAAGGUGGGGGGAGGAGAACAAGGUGGGGGAGGAGAACAAGGUGGAGAAGGAGAACAAGCAUUCAGUCAUAAGGGCAGGCUCGACAGUGGUAAGGGCAGGCUCGACAGUGGUAAGGGCAGGCUCGACAGUCGUAAGGGCAGGCUCGACAGUGGUAAGGGCAGGCUCGACAGUGGUAAGGGCAGGCUCGACAGUCGUAAGAGCAGGCUCGACAGUCGUAAGAGCAGGCUCGACAGUGGUAAUGGCAGGCUCGACAGUGGUAAUGGCAGGCUCGACAGUGGUAAUGGCAGGCUCGACAGUGGUAAUGGCAGGCUCGACAGUUUUAAGGACUCCUCCUCCUCCUACGACCACCUGCCAGACUCCUCCUCCCACGACUACCUGCCAGACUCCUCCCACGACCACCUGGCAGACUCCUCCUCCCACGACCACCUGGCAGACUCCUCCUCCCACGACCACCUGGCAGACUCCUCCUCCCACGACCACCUGGCAGACUCCUCCUCCCACGACCACCUGGCAGACUCCUCCUCCCACGACCACCUGGCAGACUCCUCCUCCAACGGCCACCUGGCAGACUCCUCCCACGACCACCUGGCAGACUCCUCCUCCCACGACCACCUGGCAGACUCCUCCCACGACCACCUGGCAGACUCCUCCUUCCUGCGUCAUGUUCUUUAUCAAUAA